AUGGCAUACAGGUGGUACCGCAGCGUGGAGGGCCGAAGCCAGCCGGUUUCCUUGGAGAGCGGCAGCCGCAUCCGGCAGGUGGGCGGCAGCCUGUACGUGGGCGGCGCGCUGCUGCGAGACUCGGGCCGCUACGUCUGCGUAGUCAACAACUCGGUGGGUGCCGAGCGCGCCUCCACCUCGCUGCUCGUCACCACGCCGUUGUCGGCGUACAUGGUUCCACAGCAGCAGACUGUGGACGUGGGGCGGUCUGCACAGCUAAACUGCUCCACCGAGGGCUACCCCCAGCUGGCCGUCUCCUGGCUCAAGGAUGGUCAGCCACUGCACACCUCCAGCAGGGUCAAGCUUGCCUCGGCGCAGACUCUCCGAAUAGAACACGUGGAGAGGUCAGACCGAGGGAUGUACCAGUGCGUGGUGUCCAACAACGAGGAGACGGCGCAGGGCACUGCGGAGAUCAGGCUGGGAGGUGAGCCCUUCCAGGCAGCACCGACUGCUCUGUACUACCCCUGCGAGCUCUCGUCUCACUGGUAUCCUUGCAAACACCGCCAGUCUAUAAUCGACUCGUCGCCGGUGCUGGUGUCUGCGUUCAGCAGUGCGACGCUGCAGCCGGGAGACACUUGGUCAGCCCAGUGCGAGGCCGCCGGCUCCCCGCUGCCGUCCGUGUCGUGGCUGCUGGACGGACAGUCGCUGCAUUCCUCCGCCGUGCCAGGGGAGCGCAGGGUGGAGGUGGGCCGCCACCCGCUUGUGGUGGCAGUGACGGUGCAGGCUGGCGGCGUUUCGGUGACGGGGCGGCUGUCGCUGUCAGGACUGCGGACGACGGACGCGGGGGUGUACGAGUGCGUGGCCAGCAACGCGGUGGGGGAGGCGCGCCACGCAGCCCCUCUGCACGUGCUGGGCCCGCCCCACGUGCGGCCCAUGCGCGACGCGAGGCUGGUCGCCAGGGAGGACGCCACCUUCCACUGCCGCGUCACCGGCUACCCCAUCAGCGAGGUCCACUGGGAGAGGGAAGGUAAGGUUCUGCCGGAAAAUCAUCGUCAGCAAGUAUUUCCAAAUGGAACUCUCGUUAUCAAGGAUGUACGGAAACAUGCGGAUGAAGGAGGCUACGUGUGUGUCGCUACUAACCCGCAAGGCCAGACUUCGAGGAGCAAAAUGAAUGUUCAGAUAAUGGAGGCACCAGAGAUUGAUCCAAUUGUAAUCAAACGUGACUUGCAACUGGGAAUGCGGAUGCGUCUCGUCUGUGUAGUAAGUAAAGGGGACUUCCCAAUACGGAUUCAGUGGCUAAAAGAUGGAAGUCCCAUACCAGAGGAUCAAGACAUUGCUGAGAAGAUCCUAGAUGAGUACUCGAGUACACUGAGUUUCAGCAGUCUGGCUGUUAAACACAAUGGAAAUUAUACCUGCCACGCUUCAAAUGCUGCUGCAUCCAGGAACUACUCUGUGGAAGUAAUUGUAAAUGUACCACCUACAUGGAGAGUGGAACCCCACGAUAUGGAGGUAAUAGCUGGACAACGUGUCAUGCUGGCCUGUGCUGCGGAGGGGUCUCCAGCACCACAUAUUCACUGGAUGAAGGACACGGGUUCCCUGCCUCCUCAGUAUCAGGAACUGGAUAACACAAGGAUGAACUACAAGAUUCUUCAGAAUGGAAGCCUUCUGAUCCAUAGUGUUCAACCAGAUGACAGAGGAUAUUACUUGUGCCAGGCAUCAAAUGGAAUUGACUCAGGUCUCAGUAAAGUGGCACAUCUUUCUGUUCAUGUUCCUCCGAGAUUCUCUACACACACUACAAAUGUUACAGUACCAAAGGGAAGCACUGCUAUACUUAACUGCACAGUGGCUGCUGACAAACCAAUAUCCGUUACCUGGUACCAAAAUAAUCAUGAACUUAAGCCUAAGCAACACCCAAAAAUAAAUAUUAAAAAAGAGAAUACAAGCAAAGGAGUAACAUCAACACUCAUGUUUAAACAUGUUCGCAGAGAAGAUACUUCAUCCUUUAUUUGUGUUGCCUCAAACAAAUAUGGAAAGGACCAAUUAGAAAUGAAACUUAUUGUCCAGGAAACUCCAGAACCACCUACUAAUGUUCGUGUAAAUAACUUCACAAGCCGAUCAGUCUCUCUCAGUUGGGAGCAGCCAUAUAAUGGAAACAGUGCCAUUGGAGCUUACAUAGUGCAGUAUAAGAACACAACAGUUCCUUGGCACCAGAAUGUUGUCCAGGUUGUAGUUAGAGGAGAUCAGCUGAAUGUUACCCUCAAAGAUCUGAAACCUGCAAAUGGUUACCAGUUCCAAAUUAGAGCAGAAAAUUCUGUUGGUGUAUCCAACGCAAGUGAAACAGUAACUUUGACUACGCUGGAAGAAAUACCAGAAGCACCACCGAGGGACAUCGAGAUUAAAGUGAAAGAUUCCAAAACACUUCUAGUGACCUGGAAGCAAAACAGGAAAAACUGGAGUGAGCUCACAGUCACACUGUUAUAA